AUGGAGCCCAUCUCUAGCAGAGGAGGUAUGGGAGUUAAACUGGCUAUGGAGUUAAGGUUAAUGAUGUAUUGUAGAGGGGGAAAAUCUAGAGCAUUUAGUGGUGGCGGUUGCUUAUUGAAAUGGGUAGAAAGCAAUGGAGGUGGAGGUGAGGAUUUCUUUGAUGAGGGACCUCUGGUGAAGCUGGAGGAGGGGAGGAGAUGGGAGGUUGCGGUUACCCUAGGUGCUGCAAGACUUCCAGGCUUUCACGUGUGUGUCGGAAGUGGAGGAGAGAGGCUUCCUCCAGAAUGGUAUGUAGAAAAAGGCAUUGAUCUGAUACUAAGCACAGAAAUUGUAAAGGCAGAUCUUGCUUCUAUGUUUCUUACAAGUGCAAGCGGAGCAGCCUUUGCCUAUGAAAUUUUGAUUAUUGCUACAGGUUCCACGGUUAUAAAGUUGACUGAUUUUGGUGUUCAAGGUGCAAAUGCUAAUAACAUUUUCUACCUGAGAGAGAUUCAAGAUGCCGAUAAACUUGUAGAUGCAAUCCAGUUAAAGAAGAAUGGAAAGGCUGUGAUUGUUGGCGGUGGAUAUAUUGGCCUUGAACUCAGUGCAGCAAUGAGAAUCAACAACUUCGAUGUUACUAUGGUUUAUCCUGAACCUUGGUGCAUGCCUCGUCUUUUCACUGCUGAAAUUGCUGCAUUCUAUGAGGCCUAUUAUGUUAGUAAAGGUGUUAAGAUUAUCAAAGGUACAGUAGCUGUUGGAUUCGAUGUUGAUUUGAACAUGAAUGUGAAAUCAGUGAAGCUGGAAGAUGGAAGAGUUCUUGAUGCUGAUAUUGUUGUUGUGGGUGUUGGCGGAAGACCUCUUACAACACUUUUUAAAGGCCAAGUGAAAGAAGAGAAAGGAGGAAUAAAGACAGAUGGUUACUUCAAAACUAGUGUUCCCAAUGUGUAUGCUGUUGGAGAUGUGGCCACAUUCCCGUUGAAGCUGUACAAAGAAAUGAGGAGAGUGGAGCAUGUUGAUCAUGCAAGAAAAUCUGCAGAGCAAGCUGUGAAGGGAAUCAAAGCCGUAGAAGCGGGCGAAACAAUCGAGGAAUAUGACUACCUACCAUACUUCUAUUCCCGUUCAUUUGAUCUAUCAUGGCAAUUCUAUGGAGAUAAUAUCGGAGAUACUGUUCUCUUUGGUGACAAUAACCCAACAUCCUCAAAACCAAAAUUCGGUACCUACUGGAUUAAAGAUGGUAAGGUGGUUGGAGCUUUCUUGGAAUCUGCUUCUCCUGAAGAGAAUAAGGCAAUUUCUAAGGUUGCAAGGGUUCAGCCAUCAGUGCUGGACCUGAGGCAGCUUCAGAUAGAAGGCUUGCAAUUUGCCUCUAAGAUUUGAAUUUAUCUUCUUUCUUAAAAAAAUUGUUUUCUUAAUGUUAUCUGUGGGAGUUAGUCGUUCUAAACGCGCACCUAUUUGAGAGCAACGAUGCUCACAAAAAUGACUAACUUAAAAAAAAAAAGAAGAGAGUUUCAAACAAAAGUGUUAUUUUACUAAUGAAGACUGUUAAUGAGUAUGAUUGGCAAUGUCAUGUUUAAACUUGGAUGCA